AAGAUAACAAGUCAGUUUUUGUUUUAGAUCGUGGCUUCUUGACUGAACAGUGACAACUGUGCAAACUGUAACGAAAACACAUGACAUUCAAUUGCGUAUGGUAAAUAAGUGAAGAAAACAAUCAAUGUGCGUUUAUUUUAUCUGUUUAAUAACAAAAAUACAGAACAGAUCUACUUAUUGCAUCCAAAAUGGAAAGUACAGAAAAACAAAAGUUUCUCGUAGUCACUACACUAGAACGUACGAAAUUUACAACUAAAAAAGAUCCAAUUGAUUUUAAUGCAAAUGUUGGAGAAAUGAUAUUAAACGCAUUUAAAUGCAAGCCAGAUUUUAUUGGACAGAUAGACGCGAAUACGCAGCAACAAACGACAUUCCAAGAAAUGAGAGAAAAAAGUAUAAAAUGCGCAUUAUGGCUAAAAAGUAACGGUAUUUCUGCUAAAAAUAUCGUGGCAAUAUGUACGCACAAUGAAAUGGACGUGUAUGUGCCGUUUCUGGCUUGUUUGUACUUGAAUGCUGUUGCAUACAUAUGGAACAAUGUUUUCUUUGAUCACAACAAACCUCUCUGUUUAUUAUGGAGAACAAAUCCAGAUAUAAUAUUUAUUCAGGAUUGUUAUGUUUCGCAGUUGUGCAAAGCUAUUAGAAUGUUACCGAAGUAUGUAGAUUUACUUUCUGAAAAGAAAAUUGUGGUUUUCGGCGCUACAGAAAUGUUCACAUCAUUCGAAAGCAUUAUGUGCACAUCUGUUUGUGUAAAAGAGAUCGAUGAGUUUUCAUGCACGAAAUGCCUUCUACGGAAAACUGCAAUGAUAAUGUAUACUACCAAUAAUUUUGGCUACAUGGAUGAGAUACAAUUUCCUUACAUAUCAUUUAUCAGCCCGUCGAAUCAGUACCCGCCAAAAAUGAAUUUCGGAGGUAUCGGAUUGUGGUGUGAACCAUUUUGGUGGACUUAUAGUCCACUUUUGACCGUUCGUGCUAUACUUUCGUACGUAACAACGAUAAAGACAUUGGCAACUAUGUAUAAUAUAGAAGUCAUAUAUCAACUUAUAGAAAAAUACAAGGUGACUUGGAUAUUUCUCAAAUACAGUAUAUCGCUUGAAAUAGAAACAAUAGAGAACAUUGUACAACAAUAUGACAUUUCUUCGCUAGAACAAUUUGUGUACCACUGCCCAAAUGCAAAAAAUAUAGAAAUUAUAGAAAAACAUACAAGCUAUCUGCCAUACUCUGUUGCUUGCAUUCGUGUAUACGGUGCACCGGAAAUAGGCAUAAUCGCUAGUGACGCGAACAACGGUGGGGGAAUGUCAAAAGAUAAUCAUGUUAUUUUCUCUAAUAUCAAUAAAAACAUUGAAUUGAUAAUUGUUAGUAACAAAACUAGAAUGAUAAUAGAUCCUUGGAUUUACGGAGAGAUAUGGUGCAAAUCACCGUGCUUGAUAUCAGCUAAUAAUAAAAAUGCAAGACUUAUUUUGGGCUUGAAUGACUAUAAAACAGAAUGGUUCUAUACUGGAGAUGUAGGCUACAUAGAAAAUGGAAUCAUUUUUAUCUACGACAAAGUUAGUCGUGUUUUAUAUGACUGUUACUUUUCUGAGCUUAAUUUUCAGUUGGAAUUACAAAAUAAUCCUAAAGUGUCCAACGUCGUAGUGCAGUUUGUAUCUUCUAGAAGUGGUCAACGUCCAGUAAUAUAUAUUUGGCCAAAGCCGGGUGAAAAGGUGACAGAAGAAGAAGUGCGAGAAACAAUAAAAAAAAAUAUAGAUCAACAUUUAUCACAUUGGUCAAUAAUACGCAUCGUUAGAGAUGACUUACCGCUGUAUCCUGACGGGGAAAUAAAUCAACGAAGAGUUCAAUCAAUCGAAUAUGUACGUGAUAUGUGCAAAAGAUCGGAUGCAAAACGAAGUUGUAAUUUAUGUAAUUUUUCGACAAAAAGAAAUUGCGGCACGAUAAAAAUCUAAAUUAUAAAAAAA